GCCAAUCAGAGGGUUCGUUCCUAUCUAAACCCAAACUGGUUUCCGUGAUCUUUUUAACCUUUAUAGCCCGAGUGGGUCAUGAAGCCUUAUAUAAUCUCUCUCGGUUUGCUGGAGAUUUUGAUCUUGAAAGGGACCUGGGCAGGUUCUCAUUCUAUGAGGUAUUUCUCCACGGCCAUGUCCCGGCUGGAUCUCAGAGAGCCACGCUUCUUCUCCGUGGGCUACGUGGACGAUCAGCAGUUUGUGCGCUUCGACAGCUACAGCGAGAGUCAGAGGAUGGAGCCCCGGGCGGCCUGGAUGGACAAGGUGGACCAGGACUACUGGGAACGGGAGACACAGAUGUCCAGGAAAGCAGCACAGAGCUACUGUGUGGGCCUAGAGAACCUGCGCAGCUACUACAACCAGAGUGAGACAGGGGUUCAUAUCAUCCAGCACAUGUAUGGCUGCGAGAUUUUUCCCAAUGGCAGCUUCAAGAGUGGAUUUGAACAAUAUGCCUACGAUGGGAAAGACUACAUCUGCCUGAACUCAGAAACCUAUUCGUGGACAGCCAUAGAUCCCCAGGCUGUGAAUUCCAAGCGCAAGUGGGAAGAGAGGAGUAUCUCUGAGAAAGAGAAAGCUUAUCUGGAAGAGACCUGUGUGUUGUGGCUGCACAAGCAUCUGGAGAAUGGGAAAGAGCUUCUGCUGAGAACAGACCCCCCUUCUGUCAGAGUGAGCCGGCACAGCGGCCCAGACGGGGAGGUGAGCCUGCGGUGCCGGGCCCAGGGCUUCUACCCUGCCGAGAUCUCCCUGACGUGGCUGCGGGAUGGCGAGGAGCAGCUCCAGGACACGGAGUUCAUUGAGACCAGGCCGGGGGGAGAUGGCACCUUCCAGAAGUGGGCCGCUGUGGCCAUGGCCCCGGGCCAGGAGGACAGAUACAGCUGCCGGGUUCAGCACGAGGCCCUGGCCCAGCCCCUCAGCCUGAGAUGGGAGCCCGAGGCCCCCUCCGUGUGGGUCAUUGUGGGGGUCACUGCUGGGGUCCUGGUCCUUCUGGUCACUGCAGUGGUGGCUGGAGCUGUGAUCCUGAGGAGAAGGAAUUCAGGUGGAAAAGGAGGAGCGUAUGUUCCAGCUGCAGACAAGGACAGUUCCCAGGGCUCAGACGUGUCUCUCAUAGCCACAGGUGAGGCUCUGGGAGUCCUGGAGCUAGAGGGGGGCUGGGGAGGGGGGACAAAGCAGAGGACCAGCAGGGGAGAGAUUCAGGGAGAAGGUGGGUUGGGGAGGAGGCUCCAGGCCACACGUGACUUGGAGGAUCUCCUUUAAUCUGUCUCUUUUUUCUGCAUCUUGAGAGAAUCUCCUUGUGCAGAGCUGAGGAAAAAUCCUGGAGAUAUUCAAGGCUGCGUUUCCUGUCUUGUUUUCCUGUUGACCUCUGGCCUCUCUCCUCAUCAUUGGCCCCUGGGAUCAUUACUAUAAUCUAGUGAUCCAACCCCAGGAAGAAUCAUCCAUGCCCUUACCCUGUUAUCUAAGAUUUCCCCCUGCCUUCUUUCUGCUUUUCUCAGUUUGCAGGGAAACAACCAGCACUGAGGGCCAGAUGGGGCUAGAAAUGAGCCCUCCUUCAUGUUGGAUGCUGUUCUGUGAUUUUUCUCUAUUGUAAAAAAUGCAUCAUGAAGUAUUUUUCUUGAAUCUUUAACUUUUCCUCCAUUUACAGAGACAAACCAAGUUUGGGGCCUAAGAAAUUAGGCAAAGGUCCAAACUUUGUAAAUAAUGUGCACAUUCCAAUCCUUAGACCUAGAAUAUCUCCCCUAUCCCAGUAGACUAAAUAUCUUAGGAAGUGUCACAGAUGGAGGUACCAUCUCACACUUAGCAGAUUGGCUAGCAUGACAAUUUUUAGGUGGAAUAGCACUAAUGGUAAAACAUCUGUCCAUUUUUAGUGUGUUUCUGCACAGAGUUUGCCAACCAGUGCCUUAAUAUCUUUGUUUAAUGGUUCCACUUGGCCUGCACUGGCUGGAUGGUAUAUUGUGUGAUAGUUUCCUUCUAUUCCCAAAUUUUUAUACACUUCUUGUAAGAUGUUAUGUGUGAAGUUGCAGUGAACCUUUCAUGACUUCAUGGAAUGGAAUUCCUCUUCCCAGGUGUUUGGGACAUACCAUUCCUGCUGAGUACGCCAAAACACAGUAAUCUCAGUUCAAGGCUGCAUGAACAGUUCCAAGAUCUCCUGGGAACGGGUUAACUCCCCUGUUCACAUUCUGGGGAGGAUAGAUUGUGUCUCUCGAGAAGAGCUUUAAAUCUGGUGUUCUGCUUACAAUAAACGUUCAUUAUCCCUCUUUGAUAA